AUGCAACAUCAACGUUCAAGAUUACCAAGGUACUUCACCACUGAAGCCGUCCAACAGCCAAACGACUCUCAAGACCUUCCAUCAAUCUAUUUUCUAAACGAUUUAUCAUCUCAACAUCCACGCCCACCAAGGUAUACUUCAAGGUACUCCAAGAAAGUCCUCCCUGAGGUGGGGGAGGAUGGCUUAUGCCUACUGCCUGCAGCCAACCCUUCCCAAGGCAUGAGACUCUUCCCAAGGCACGAGACAAGUCAUACCCAUGUUAUUUAUGAUUCAACAUACUGUUGUAUGUUGAAUCAGUCCCAACUCCAAAUGUGCAACAUCAACGUUCAAGAUCCCCAAGGUACUUCACUACUGAAGCCGUCCAACAGCCAAACGACUCUCAAGACCUUCCAACAAUUUAUCAUCUGA